UGGACCACUAACAGUCAGUAAAGUUCAGCUCAGUUCUUCGUCACCAUUUAAUAAACGCGCAGUCUAUUCGCUAUUAGUCCGGCAGCCGGGUAAAUCCUUCGAUACAAAACAGGUAAGGACGAGAACUCUAUCUAAAAGACGUUUUUUUUUAUAUAAACAUGUCAGUAUCUCGUAGUUUCUGAUCUGACUAGUCUUAGCAAACUUUAAAGAGUUACUACUGGCCGAAUUUAUUCAUAUUGGAUUGAAGUUUACUUUCUAACUUGAGUAAUGCAUAAUGUUGAGGAAGUUGUAUUUCUUAGCUUUAUCAUUAAUAGUCUGACACCCCUUAACUUGUGAUGAGUAGAUAGCAGACAUUUCUUCAGCGUAUUACACUCUUAUUUCAUUGCUUUCUUUUGUUUAGUCGUAAACUAUUGAGCACUAAUUCUUACGACAUACUGCUCUACGGGUUACAUAAAAUCCCUUGAUCAAACUAUAUCGAUAACUAUCAACAACCACAAGUUUCUUUUUUCCGAUUAAUCUUCUCUUAUGUGCCCGAAGUCUGAUAACAUUGAUUUAACCCUGCUUUAAGCUGGGUCUUCAAGCCACCCUCCUUUUACUGAUCAUGAAGCACAAAGUUAUGAAGCAAAAGCAAAAUUUAUGCCUUUUGAGGGGAGCAGUUACACAGUAAAUAGGGCCAUGUAUGAAGUCAUAAACUACGGCUGUGGAUACACUAGAAUUAAGAACGAUGAAGGCGGUUAUAUUUUCGGUGGCCGUCAGCGGGCUUUUGUUGUGCCCUGUACAACUGAGCCAAACGAACCGCUCGAUCCCUGAUGAAGUGUGCAAGUGGCCCUGCAUUCUAUCGGUGAAUUUAAGCCGAAUUUCACCAAAUUGCAAAUAUAGAAGUAAAGCUAAGUAAGAUGAAAUGCAGAUUUUUACUUGGAAUAAAACGUUUUACUGAACAGUACUCAGUGGUUCUUUCAAUUUAACGAAAACAGUAUCGAAACUCAGUUGAGAAUCACCGUGGGCUCAAAAUAACAGAAAAAAAUAUUGCACAACUGGAAAGGUCUAAAGAGUUGCUGUGGUCUUAACGUGAUGGUAGAUAUCGAAAUAAUCGUCCUUUAGAAGGCAAUUGAAAUUCGUUCCUAACACCGCUCGCCUUUCAGUUUGAAGGAAAGACUAAGUUUGUUUGAAAUCGGAAUAAUCAUGCUGAAAUGUUAAGAAUGAAAAUGACCAUGAUUCUGAAAUAACGUGCUUCGCUCACGAGGAGCUGAAGGAGCAACGAAUGAGUACGAAAAGGUUCUUCAGUAUAAGGGUUAGUUUUAUACCAACUCAUGCUAUUUUAAACUCAGAAAGUUCUGAGUAUAUACCCUAAACCUAACAUCAACAAGAGUACCUGUAGUUUUAUAAACUUUGUUAAUGUUAUGUCAAGUCGCUCCAUUUUUGAUAAUUCUGAAACCGAUCUAAAACACGCCAACAGGUGCUUAUAACAUUACAUAAAAUCAGUGAAUAGCACAUUAUAUACGAUUCCCAAGUUAUCAGAACUCGGGAAAAAAUAUCUGAAUUUUCUGUAACACUGCCCUGAAAUAAACAACAAAUAAGCAAGCAAACCCUGAAAUAUUAGUCAAGAUACAAGUAAAUUGAAGCGUUCGUUGUUGUAGACUGAGCGCGUACUUUAUUUCAUUUAGAUUGAUCUCACGCUUGAGUUUUUCUGUGACUAAACGUGGGACGAAACGUUUUUUCAGUAGCUUUGCUUUAUGAAAUUUUAUUUCAGCUUAGCUCAAGUUUCAAUUCAGUAAGAAAGUGUUGUUAUGAUUUCACGAUUGGUCGAAUAUACUUCCCUUUCCAUGACAUUUUGUCUCGUAAAACUAAAAUCCUAACAGUUUCAUUAAUUUUUACCGCUACUAAUGAAGCGAAUUCACACGAAACACAAGGAAAAAUACUGCUCAAAACUAAUUAAUAGUAUAGAUUUGUUUUAGGAGCAGAUGUUAUUUGACCACGGUUGGUCGAUAAGUUUUAGCAAUUUUUAGAGGAGGGAGUAAGGGUUUGCGGUGAAGUGGUUUUGCUUGAUUUUUGGUGCGGUUUUGCGAGGAUUUUUUGUUUAAGUUGCGGUAAUGAGGUUAAAACCUAGCGGUUUGCGGUGUGUAGACAUUUCGGUUAAUUUCAAUGCGGUUUUAAUAUGAGGGGGGCGUAAGGGGGGGUGCGAAUACCGCAAUACCGCACAUGGUAGCGCUAGAAUACCGCAAUACCGCAUCAAAAUUUAGCCAAAUACCGAAACCGCAGUUACAAAUGGGAAAAAGUUGACGUUGUCAAUGCUAAAAAUCCUCCUUUCAAAUAGUCAUAUAAACAUAACAACUUUCUUUAAUUUUCCCGACAUGUUUCGACGAUACAUCCGUCACCCUCAGUGUUACAUAUUUUGAAAUCGCCGUUGAAUUUAAAGCGCGCGCGAUCUUACAAAGUUCGUUACAUCGCGUUGUCAAUAUUGCGUAUUAAAACAAAACUAAAUGAGUGACGCUUAGUUCUUUACAGGGAGAGAGUCAGGUUAAUUUGUUUCACCUGCUGGUUGAGAUCGGGCUUCUCGGGCUUACGCAAUGUAACGAACUAAAUUUUAGACCACACCAUCUUCUUCUUUCGACACUACGUAAUUUAAAACGACCUCACUGAGCUCACUAUUUGCUGGAAUAUCUGACUGAUCACUUAGUUGACUCUCUGGAUCGCUUGCCAUUGUUUCGCGACUGGCACGAAAGUGGCCGUAAUAUUGGUAAGGAGGUCAACCAAGCUGACUACUCCCACAAGGUCCAUGAGGUCAUAAAUAAUGCGACAUGUUUACGUAUCAUUGGAUAAAGAAGUUAAUGUCGUUACUCAUAUCAAGUAUUAACUGAAAUUACAAGCCAUACGAUUUGUCUGGACUGUUUGCGCAAUAUACGAUCCCCGACUGAGCAAUUAUAGGAAGACACGCAGGUCACGCAGGCUAGCUAGGGAGACCUCUUAGGAUUUGUAUCCUCUUGGCAUGAAAAAGAAGCAGAUCACCGCGACGCAACGAUUUUUUCACCGACUACCGCGACAUAAAAUUUAAACUCACCGCACACCGCUUGGUCUCUGAAAACCGCAAUACCGUACUUUGAAAUAAAAAUUACCGCAACACCGCACCAAAAAUAACCCAAUACCGCAAUACCGCAAUACCGCAAUACCGCAAUACCGCAAACCCUUACGCCCCUCGCGGGGGGCGUAAGGGUUUGCGGUGAUGCGGUGUUGCUCGAUUUUUGGUGAGGUUUUGCGGGAAGUUUUAUUUUUAAGAUGCUGUAAUGCAGUUAAAACCUAGCGGCUUGCGGUAUUUAGACAUUGCCAAAUUUCAAUGCGGUUUGCGGUUUUAUUCUGAACGGUGUUUAUAUACCGGUAUUUCUGUGCGGUUUUGUUAUGUUAUUCUGUACGGUGUUUGGUGUUUAUAUACCGGUAUUUCUGAGCGGUUUCGCGGUGUUCGUACCCUCCUUACCCCCCUCUUUUAGACUUUUGUCUGAUUUGAAAUUCUAUUACAUGCAUGUAAAGGUAUCGAUACUGAAGCCGAUCUUAGUGUUUUAAUCUAUGCCACCCUUAUUUCAAGCACAUAAAAUGUCACGUCAAUGUUGAAACAAACAGGUCUCCCGAAGCUUUCCGAAUUACGAUGAACAGCUGAGAGUGGUGUUGAAAGUGACGAUAAAUAAAUUGACUAGAGAAGAUCAGCACGUGAUUAUGAUUUUAAUUACUAUACUGUGUAACGCAACUGAAAUGGCAGAAUACCAAAACCAUUAAUUCACUCUGUAGUACAUCAGACAUAUCAUUGGCAAAAUGAGAUUGCUGCACACAUGAAUUGAGGUGACUGGAUCGUAAAUAAGAAGAUAGCGUUCAAGUCUUUCUAACGUGACGUCCCCGGCGUGACGUGCUUGCCGGACGGGCCCAAACGGUCCCGGUGAUGAAAUUCACAGCUAACAGUUUAAGUAAAGAGACACUUGGUGUUUUUUGUCAAAACAUACUACGUUGAUUUUUUGUUUUUUUGAAAACUUAGCUGUAUAUUAGCCUGCGAAAACAUCCGUUUCUCCUCGCUCUUCGCCGCUGGGGACGUUUCGCGAGGAGGAACGUCUGCGACUCAGUGGCAAAAAUUCCAUACUGAUGACGCAAAUCAAUGUUUACAUAAUAAAUCCGGUAGUCAUGGGGUUCCAAACACAAAUUUGUACAGUUUUACGUGUCUUCUGGUCGAUUUUGGUAAAUUUUUGUGUUCAUCUGCCAACGAGCUCCAGCAGAACUCAAAUACUUCUUCUAGAGAAGAGUAUAUUCAACAAAUAUUGACUGUUUUGCUGUAGAUUCUUGGCGUUUACAUUUGACCUCUGUGGCCUUUUGUCUUUUGUCUGUCAGUCGUAAACAAUAGGUAAAACAAUGUAACUACUCUGUCGACCAAUCAGCGCUUCUGACCAGAUUCCGGACAGAUUUUGCGUCAUCAGUAUGGAAUUUUUGUCGCUGGGUCGCAGACGUUCCUCCGCGCGAAACGUCCCCAGCGGCGAAGAGCGAGGAGAAACGGAUGUUUUCGCAGGCUAGCUGUAUAUUAGCCUGCGAAAACAUCCGUUUCUCCUCACUGUUCGCCGAUGGGGACGUUUCCUCCGCGCGAAACGUCCCCAUCGGCGAACAGUGAGGAGAAACGGAUGUUUUCGCAGGCUAGCUGUAUAUACAGUCGACUCCCGAUAACUCGAACCUUCAAGGGAAAUCAAAAAAAAAGGUUCGAGUUAUCGGGAGUUCGAAGAAAAUAGCCGAGAGUAAGGUAAAAAACAGUUUUUACUGCACAGUGAACAUUUUAAUCUCAUUUAAUUGUAGAAAUUUCAAGUGAAAAUUAAAAGAUACUUUUAGAUUAUAAAUCAGAACGUAACGCAACAAAACAUAGCCUAAAUAGAGCAUGCGUUUUACUAUUUUGAGAAGAAAAGCUGCUUCACGUUAGCCUGUGACAAUCAACAUUAGCCUCCACUAGUAAACUAUACUCCCACAACACGUCAAUAGGAAAACCAAACUUCAAUGUUUCGGUCGCCAGUAGACGGCUUUUUUCCCGACUUUUUAAGGGCUCAAAACAUGGUUCGAAUUAUCGAGGGUAAAAUUAUAUCGAAAAUGACCUGAAGGAAAACGAAAAUUGGUUCGAGUUAGCGGGAGUUCGAGUUAUCGAGGGUUCGAAUUACCGAGGGUAAAAUUACAGUGAAUGUAUGACGGAAAUCCAGGGUAAAUCGAUUUUGGUUCAGUUAGCGCGAGGUUCGAGUUAGCGAGGGUUCGAGUUAUCGGGAGUCAACUGUAGUUAGAGAACACAGUCCAUCAACAACCCGUGAGCGGUAGACCUUCUAUUAAUUUUCUUCUCUAAAGUAUUAGACAAUCAUUUUCUUCUCUUUUUUGCUAAGUUCUUAGAAUUUUUCUUGGAAUUUUUCCUGUUUAAUUUAUUACUGAUAACCUCGCGUGCAUUUCUUUAUCUACAGUCAGCCGGGUUGAACUGAACGGCUAAGGAGAUACCAGUGCAGACCGAGAUCUUCGUUAACAGAAGUACUCAACAUGUCUUCACUAAUAACAGCUGUAUUUAAAGCCACUAUCGGCCUGCUGGUGAAUAAAGGAAGAGAUAAACUGGCAGAAAAGUUGAAUGAGGGUGAUGUUACAGAUCAGAAAUUUCGUGGCCUGAUUGUCCGUGAAAUCGAUGAAAUAAGAUCGAAGUUGGAUGGUUUAGCAAGAAAGGAUUUGUUAGCGAGUAUCAGCCUUUUUAAGGAAGGAAUCGUGUUGUUGUAUGAGUUGUUUGAAAGUGCCAGACCCAGUAGCGAGCAUCGCGCGAUAACAGCAGCUGCAACAGCUUGUGUUGAGCAAUUCGAUAUUGCUAAAGAAAUGAGGAAAUUGGACAUUUCUGCCUUGGAUGAGUCCGCCAUGAGGAAGCUGGGCAGAGCGAAGAAGAGAUUUGAAGAAGCUCGCCUUAAAGCGACGGAAGCUUUCAAUAAUGAAGCUUUGGAAUUGCCUGAUCGCCUGUUAGCUAUGCAAUAUCGACUGAUGGCGACAAUACUGGAGACGGUUGACAAUCCUGCCGAAGCAUUAGCGGCUUGUAGCGUCUGCCUUGACGAGUUACACCAAGUGCCAGCUGUUAAAGAAUAUUUCAAAGUUGAGUUGGAGGAAGGAUUGAGAUUGAGGGCUCGCUUUAAUAAAGACGAAAGAAGGCAAAUAAUUUUUUCUGUCUGUCACGCUAAUCGUGUGAUCUUUGAUGUAAUGAACAUGCUCGGUAGUGGAAAAAUGUGGACGUUGCCUGAUGUUGAAACUGGGAAAGAGAAAGUUGAUCCACUCCGUCACGAAAGAGUUGUUAAAGCACUGACAAAACAAGGUAACGAGCGCUGCUGUUUGCUAUGGUCAUUUGGUCAGGAGGGUGAAGAGGAGCACAAGCUGAAGGAUCCGCGUGGUAUCGCUACAAACCAUAGAGGACAAUUCCUGAUAGCAGACGAUGGGGAUAAAACCGUGAAGGUGUUUGAUAGCAACGGAAAGUUUGAUUUUAGGUUUAAUCCUCAAACUGAUGACGCCGAUACAAAGUUAGAGAUUUGGGAUGUCGCCACCGCAGGCGAGGACGACAGGAUUUAUCUUCUGAUCAGACUGUGGAAGCCUGGGGCUGAGAAACGGGAGAGUGAAGUGCAGGUUUUUAACAAGACUGGUGACCUACAGCACAAGUUUCCUGCGAGGAGAGGGGUCUGGAGACUAACAGUGACCAGCGGCAAACAACGCGGCAAAAUUCUGCUGAUGUCACGUCACCUUGUUGAUGUUUACCGGGAGCCGACUGGCGAGUUCGUUUGUAGCUUUGGUGGAGGAGUGUUCAAGUUUCCAAGAGAUAUCACUGCUACUUGUGAUGGUCGCGUCAUGACAGUGGACUGGGGCGAUGACAGUUUUUACAUAUUUGAUGUGGAGGGACACCAGCUUGGCAAAUUUAAUAUCAAACAUGAGAGAGAUGUCUAUUAUCGCAUUGCAUGUCACCCGGGAAGUGCAGACCAUGUUGUCCUUGCUGGUCAGGAACGAGAGACACUCCGCCUGACGCUGGCUAUAUACACUGUUAAUGGCGAAUCUGUUCGCAGAAUUGAGCUGGAUGAAAAAGUAGGUUAUGAUGUACGUGGAAUAACAGUGACCGUGGAGGGUCACAUUGCUGUGGCUUUACAGGCUAUUACAGACGAGGGUAGAAUUGAAAAGGUAAUUGUUGUUUAA